AUGUCGGAACAUCUUGCCGUGAUAAGCUCAAAGAGCCAGUUCGACUCGCUUCUCAAGUCUUCGCGCAUCGUUGUCGCUGAUUUCUAUGCCGACUGGUGCGGUCCUUGCAAGCAGAUCGCUCCCCUCUACGAGAGCCUCGCCCUCACACUAUCGCGCCCCAACCUGGUCACCUUUGCCAAGAUCAACAGCGACGAGCAAGCCGAGCUCUCCCAAGAAUACAGCGUCUCAACUCUGCCUACAUUUCUCGUCUUCCGCGAUGGAAAAGAAAUCGACAAGGUUCAGGGUGCUGACCCUAAUAAGCUUAAGGCCAUCAUCCAGAAACUUGUGACCGAGGUCGACUCCCUUGGCGAGAGUUCUGGCUCAGGAAGCGGCGAUGGAGCCAACUGGAAGGGUGCCGAAGCUCCCCGAGGCUACAGCGACAUCACCGACCAAAUAGAGCUCCGAGAUCUCGAGGUUCUCAACGCCGAUGAGGCUGCCGGUGGUGUCCGUGUUCUUUUCGAAGGCUCCAGGCCAAGCGGUCUUGGUAACGGCAAGGGAACAUCCAAGGACUACGUUCAGAGCGGAGCCGAUGACCAGCUGCUUCUCUACGUCCCUUUCCAGUCUAUCCUCACCUCCCUCCCUCCCAAGGACGACGAAGAUGUGAUGCGACCUGGCAACGUUCACCUGUACAUCAACCGCACCCACAACCUCGACUUUAGCGAAGCCGACGAUACCGACCCCACACAGGCAAUCGAGAUCGGUCCCGAGGACUGGAACGCUGACGGAACAGUCAACCUGAGCCUGCGAUACGUCAAGUUCCAGAAGACAUCGAGUCUUGUCAUCUACGUCCAGCAGGGUGAGGGCGAUGGAGAGACCGUACGUCUCGACAGAGUGAGACUCAUUGGCGAGGCCGGAGCCAAGCGCGAAAUGGGCAAACUCCAGAAGGUUGGUGAGGAUGAGUAA